UCUGUCUGGCACCACCCCCCCCCACCCCCCACCCACCCGGUCUCCAGACCUCCAGCGCCCGGUCCCCUGAGCAGAAUGAGUGACGGAGGCGAUAACCCCGCGGCCAUUCCCGUUGCUCCCCUGGAUGUCCAGGGCGAUGGCCGGUGGAUGUCACAGCACAACCGGUUUGUGGCCGACACCAAGGAUAAGGAGCCCGACGUGCUGUUUGUGGGGGACUCCCUGGUCCAGUUACUACACCAGUUUGAGAUCUGGCAGGAGUUAUUCUCCCCUUUGCACGCCCUGAACUUUGGGAUUGGAGGAGACGCCACUCAGCACGUUCUGUGGAGGCUGCAGCACGGGGAGCUGGAAAACAUCAGGCCAAAGGUGAUCGUGCUGUGGGUAGGCACAAAUAACCACGGCCACACGGCCGAGCAGGUGGCCGGGGGCAUCGAGGCCAUCGUCCGUCUCCUCAACCAACGGCAGCCUCAGGCUCGGGUCAUCGUGCUGGGCCUGCUGCCGCGGGGUAGGGACCCCAACCCUCUGAGGGUGAAGAACGCCCAGGUGAACGAGCUGGUGCGGGCGAUCCCUGGCGCCUGCUUCCUGGACGUGGACCCCGGCUUCGUCAGCCCGGAUGGCACGCUGAGCCACGGCGACCUGUACGACUACCUGCACCUGACCCGCCAGGCAUACGCGCAGGUCUGCAGGCUGAUCCACGCCCAGGUGCUGCAGCAGCUAGGGGAGGCUGCCUGCAAACCCUUGGAGCACAGCCCCUGACGGGGGCGGUGUGGGACCCCGUCGGGGGGGUGGGGGGUUGUUGAGUGAUGUUGUGGGGGGGGGGGGGGGGGUUCGGUGCGGUGUUUCCCAGUCCCGGUGAUCACACUCGGGUACUGAAGCUCCCACUGGCUCAGCCCAUCCGUGUGUUCCUCACAGUGAGGAGGGAGUAUCCCAGGGCAUGGGGGGGGUGGGUUCCUGGACUCGGUUGGGGUGGGGGGGGGGGGGCGUGGGUGGAGUUACUGACCGGGAGGUCGCUACUGUGGCACCGUGUGACAUCAAACGGCCGCCGCGUUCUUGGGAGGAAGUCGCCCCCGCUUCCCAGUGAGACGGGGAGAUGGCAAACACUGGAAUCUGGAUCCACACACCAAACGCAGGAAGGACUCAGUGGGUCAGGCAGCGCCUGUGGAGGGAGUGGACGUUUCGGGUUGAGACCCUCCAUCCUGACUGGACUGGCGGGUCCAGGCGAAGGUUCCCGGGCCGAGACGUCAACUCCCUCCGCAGAGCCGCUGGGUCCCUCCGGCAGUUCGGCGUGUCGCUCCCCCUCUCUGGUUCUGUCGGACACUCACCGAUUGUGCCUCGUGGUGCCCGGCUCUUCCCCGGCAGCGACCAGUCCUGCCCCCGGUUAAACCCGGGGACCUGCGGCUACUGACCCUCUCCCCCAGAGCAAGUCUAUCGCCACCUGCUCUGUCAGACACUCUCCCAGUGCCCUGCCCGACCUCCUCCUGCGGGGUGGUCACCUACCCACCCCACCCGUCCACAAAGUCCGCCGGACACCUGGCGCUCCCACUGACCCCCCAACCUCAGACACUGCGCCCAUGGGCCUGCCCCACUGAAGGCAGUUCGGGGGGAGUUUGUGGUUUCCCAGGAGGCACAGUCUUCCAGCAUUCCCAGGGGUUCUGGGACAACCAUGUCUGCAGCCCUGGCACUUCCUCCAAUUGACUGGCACUUUGGCUUUUAACCCCUGCAUCCCCAGCCAUGGUGAGCAGCUCAGCUGCAGGUUCCACAGAUACAGCGUGAUCUGUGAAGGGUACGUGUGACCUUCGGCUGCCUGGAGUCUACACGGUUGCGCAGUGAAUUACAUGUCCUGCAUCAAAUAAAGUCUGUAUCCACAGA